UUGGUGAUGCAGACUGAAGGGGAGGAGAACAAGAGGUCAACGAUGACGUUGACUUCUACCACGUGACAAUUAUUGCCGAUCGCAUGGGGGAAGUAUAGGCUCUGGUGCGCAUGCGCAGGGCUUAGGAAAAUUGAACUGCGCAUGUGCAAGCCCUUUUAGAGAACAUCAAGACACCGAGAGGGACGGACUUUUUGUUCUAUGUAACUAACAAAAUUUUUAAGAAGGAUCUGGGAUUGCAGGAACGGUAAAAACACUAUAGAGCAAGGAUUCCAGAUCCCAGAAUGUCCAAGAUCUGCACAGACCUCUUGUAUGACAUCAUAGUUUUGUAAUGUUCUGACCUACAGUACAAACAGGUUGGAAGCUUAAAUGCAUGUUUCUUUGCUAAGAAAGGAUUCCAAGUGGAAAUUUAUGAAGCAAGGGAAGAUAUUCGAUAUGCCAGAACUGUUAGUGGGAGAAGCAUCAACUUGGCACUUUCGCACAGAGGACUUCAAUCUCUCAAGGCUGUGGGUUUGGAUGAUAAGAUUGCAGCAAUGGGCAUACCAAUGCGUGCAAGAAUGAUCCAUUCUGUUAAAGGAAGGAAAUCUAGCAUUCCCUAUGGAAAGCAACACCAGUAUAUCCUAUCUGUUGACAGAGCUAAUUUAAAUAAAGAACUGUUAAAUGCUGCAGCUAAGUACUCAAAUGUCAAGAUGCACUUUGAACACAAGUUACGUGACUGUAAUGUUGACUCUGGCACAAUUACAUUUCAGACCAACAUGGGAGAUGUUCUUGAAAAACAAACUGAUUUAAUUGUAGGAUGUGAUGGAGCCUUCUCUGUUGUACGCAAACAAUUUAUGAGGAAGUCACGUUUUAAUUACAGUCAUGUAUACAUUCCUCAUGGUUACAAAGAGCUAACAAUUCCCCCAAGGAAAGGAGAGUUUGCCAUGGAACCGAACUACCUCCACAUUUGGCCAAGAAACACAUUUAUGAUGAUUGCACUUCCUAAUCUGGACAAAUCUUUUACAUGCACACUUUUCAUGCCAUUUGAAGACUUUGAAAAACUCACCACAGGUGACCAAGUUGUGGAUUUCUUCAAGACAUAUUUUCCAGACUCAAUCAAACUAAUUGGAAAAAAAAAAUUGACAGAAGACUUCUUUCUGCUGCCACCACAAGCAAUGAUUUCUGUAAAGUGUUCCUCAUUUUGCAUUGACCAUAAAUGUGUUAUAAUGGGAGAUGCAGCACAUGCAGUUGUACCAUUCUAUGGGCAAGGAAUGAAUGCAGGCUUUGAAGAUUGCCUUGUUUUUUCUGAAAUACUAGAUCAAUACCAAAACAAUUUAAGAAUCUGUCUGCAUGAGUUCUCCAGGCUUCGAGUUCCAGAUGCCCACGCAAUAUCAGACUUGGCUAUGUAUAACUACAAAGAAAUGCGUGCUCAUGUCAAUUCUACGUGGUUCAUUUUUCGCAAACGGAUUGACAACAUUCUAAAUGCCAUCAUGCCUACAACAUUUAUUCCGCUAUAUACAAUGGUAACAUUCAGCAGAAUAAGAUACCAUGAAGUUAUACUGCGCUGGAAGUGGCAAAAUAAGAUCAUAAAUUUGGGACUAUUCAUUAUUGCUGCAACUGGAUCUAUUGGUGCUGGUUAUUUGGUUGUAAAAUACUUGCCUUUUAAUAAAUGCAUUGAAAAUGUAGGGCAGUUUUUCACACAUCUGAAAGGGAAUGGAUACUCAUCAAGACUGUGGACAAGAUGAAUAAAAACUGCAGAGGAAUGUAAACUGGUACCAACUGUGGCCGUAUUUUUUUGUAAAAAAAAAAAUCUAAAUUAUAUUUCAUUUAAAUAGUUAACUUUUAAGGUUACAGUUUUGUUUCAUUUUCCUCUGUUCUGACUGGCUGAAGAAAAAAAAACCCACACCAUUAAAUAUGGUGAUAUUCACACCUUAAAUAUGGCGAUUGUAAUGUCUGCUUAAAUGGUUCUCAAAAUAAAUGCACAAAGAUCA